AUGGAGGCGUUUUUGGAAACGGUGCGCGACUAUCCAUGCCUCUAUGACAAAUCAAACGCUGACUUCAAAGACAAGGACCUGCGCGCCAACCGCUGGCACAUUAUCGGACAGCAGUUUGGGAUGACAGGCGAGCAGGCAGCGGGGAAGUUUAAAAACUUCCGCGACCGCUGGCUGAAGGUAGCGGUGGAGAAGAACAAGGCUUAUAAGAGUGGUGCUCCCGGCAAGGACGGGAAAGCCAAAACGGAGUGGACAUAUUAUUACAUCCUUGAUAGUUUUCUACGGAAGACGCCAUACUACGCGGAAAAAUUAACCACGAAUAUCCCAAUGCCACAAGAUGGACACCUGCAGCAGGCCGAAGAGGCACUGCCAACCACCAGUGCUGCAGGCGAUUGUUGGCCUAGCCUGUCGCCUGCCGAAGAAGUUCUGGAUGAAAUAUGCUCUGGGAGAACACCUGUGCUCAAUUCCGAGGAUGAAGAGAGCUGUAGCUUGCUCAGUCCAACCCCAACUGAGGCUGCAGCAUCUUCCGGGUCCAACGGUGCAACAAACCGAGCCCAGCCGCCAGCGCAGCUUCCCCAAGUGCGACUGUCCUCAACAGCACAGUCUCGGUAGCUCCGCUGUUCAUUUUUCCUGCAAAACAUUUUAUGUGUGUGUAACUCCC